AUGGCUCCUCCGGCAGCUCUAGAGCUCGGGCCAAUUCAAGGGGAAGCCUUAGGUGCUUGGGAUUGGAUGAAAGAAAACAAACCGGGCGUCGUCCUGAACGCGAUAUUGCCCAGCUGUAACAUUGGUCGGGUGCUAUCUCCACAGCACCAAGGUGCACCAAGUACAGUCGGAUGGGUUCAAGCACUUUGGAAUGGAUUCAAGGGCCAGGAGCAACUCAAGUUCAACCCACCUCAAUACUAUGUCAAUGGCCAGGACAAUGCUCGGAUCCAUAAUGACAUACUCGCCGUGUUCAGAGAGCUGUACCCAUCCCACCAUUUUAUGGAUGACAUUCCUGCUCUAGGCAAGGACCUUAGCAAGGUCGGAAAUGAGAGGGCCGAAGAGAUCUUGAAGCGAUUCGGUCGACCAUGA